AUGCAUUAAUAAUUGAGUGCUUAUGAAUAGUAUUUAUUAAUCUAAAUUAUAGAUUAGAGUAAUUAUACUAAAGACCAGACAUUAAAAUUAUUGAAUACCCAUCUCCUAUUUCUAAUUAGAUUAUGUUAUUCAAUUGCUCUUAUUAUGAUCAAGAAAAGACUUUCUUAUAAAUUUAGACAGACCAAAUUCAAACACAUAUAGGUAUAAUUUUGAUCAAUAUUCAGCCACCGUUAAUGUGCCUAAUGCAAAAGUAAUUUAUCCAAAAGACUUAUAAAAUUAAGCAAUAAGUCAAAUUUUUUCAGAGCAUCAAGACGUUACUUUGUACUCAUUCAUGCAUUCAUCUUCUACUGUUUCAGUUAGUUAUCUUGAAUAUAUGGAAUAAUUUGCUAUUACAUACGGUGGAUACACAGUAAUUUUAGAAAAUGAAUAACAAGUCAAUAGAUGGAACCCUCCUAAUAGAGAAAGAUACUUUUUGGUUGUAUUCUCCUUCUUUGGGAUCUUGAAUAAGUUUAGUAAUGAUGCUCUCAAGAAUUUCAAGACAGAUUUAUCUAAUCGAAGUUUAAUUGGAAUGUGCUGUUAUAAAUCCAUUUAAUGGCUUGGUUUAGUAGAGCAUUAUGGUCAAGAUAAACUGUUAUCUCCACAUAUAGUCAAGAAUUUUUUAUAGAAAUAUGAUCUGGAAUUUGUAUUCGUAAAAUGCUAUCAAAAUCUUAGUCUCGAUUCUCUGCCAUCCAUUUACGAUGAAAUUAGAAAUUAAUACAUAUUUGAUUUUAAUGACAUGAAUUAAGGUUCAACUAUUUACUUUUGGAAUUCUAAGCAAUAUUUAGGUUCCUAUUUCAUCCCACAUAAGCAUUAUGAGAUCUUGGAAACAGUGAAGAGAAUAUUCACAGACAGGAAAAUUAAAUCAAAUCCUUUUAUGUUCUUGAGCGAAUAUAAUCUUAAUAUUCAAGACUUAGAGUUUUAUAAGAAUUACAUCAAUAGAAUAUUACAAGAAUAGAAUCAAGCUGAAUUGACCUUUUCAACUCUUACUUCAAUUAUAUUCAACAACAUUUUACGUGGUCCAGAAAAACAGCAAAAACUAAACAAUAGAUACCCAUUAUCAUAUUGCAUGAAACCUACUAAUAUUGUUAUUAUCCCCUUGGGCUUCAAUCAAUCUGGAUUUGAGAGAUUAUUUUAAUCAUUAGAAUAGAUAUUCUUUUUUGUGAAAAAAAUUAGAUCGCCAGACUAAAUAAGCAACAAAUAUUAAAUUUGUUAUUUUGAUAGAUCUUUUAGUUGGGACUACUCUAUAAAAUUGAUUGAUCAAAUUAAAAAAAGGAAAAACGUAUUGACUAUAGGACUUAUGCAUUAAAAUAACCAUUAAUAAUAUAAAUUGAAUUCUGAAACAUGUUUCCCUUUUUCCUAUGAAUACAUAUCAUAAAGUCUAAUAGAAUCAUCAAAUGAUUAGUAAGAUUUUCAUGAGAAUAUUGAAAUUUUAUUAUCCUACCGUAACCAGGAUCUAAGAUAAUUGCCAGUGCAUGAAUUAUUAUGUAUUCCACUAUAACCAGAUGAUCAAUAAUCAAAAAGGAAUAGUAAAUUGUGUUAAGAAUAGGAUAUAUAAGAAAUAAUAUUUAACAAAGAUCUUAAUGUAGAGUAAAUGAGAAGCAUCUUCUUUAAAUUGAGACAACAACAACUUCAUUUGACAGAUCAUUAUUUCUAAAUAUUAGCCUAUGAUUUAAUUGCUGACAUUGAAUCCUAAUUGAAGAUGUUUUUUCUAAACCCAAAAAUGUCAAAAUCAUACAUAAUUAUCACAACCCAAUGUUAUAAGCCAACUGAAUAAAAAUAGAAACCUCUAUAGUACAUUAUUACUGAUGAAAGUUGGAAGGAAAUAGAAGAUUAUGUACUUGAUUCUCUGGAACUUGUAGGAUAGAAGUUUAGACAGAAUGAGAAUAUAGCUGAAAUUAUUUCAUGUUUGACUGAUUAAUUUCUGAAUUCUGGACAGAAAGUUUAUCAUAAAAACUUAGUUCCUUUUAAUAUCCAUAUUAAAGGUCAGAAGACACACUCAGUCAAAAUGCAAAUGGUUGUGAUAGUAUUAAAUGCAAUCAUCAUAAUGAUCCCUGAAAACACCAAAAUGUUACAAGGAAUAACUAUAUAUACAAAAUAGUUGGAUGCCUCGCUUAUGAAUGAAAUUUUACAUAUCUUGAAGGAUAAUCUAUAAGUAUUAUAAAAGGAAAAUGUGGAGGAGCGAUCCGUUUUAAAUUAGUAAUUUAAUUUAAAGAAUCAAUAAUGGAUUGCAUACAUUGUUAAGUUUUCAUCAACAGAAAUUAAAUUUAAGAACGUAAAUUAGGAAUGA